AUGGCAGCACCGGCGACGAAGACGUCGCAGGAUUUGAGUGGGCAGUGGGGGCUAAACAAGCAACUUUCGGACAAUCCAGAGCCAGCGCUUCAACUUCAAGGCAUCGGCUUUCUUACACGCAAGGCAAUUGGUGUGGCGUCGAUUUCUAUUGAGAUCAAUCAAUAUAGUGAUACGCCUACGCCGCCAAGCACGUCCACCGACCCAGCGACGUUCCUGAGCGUGAGCCAAUCCGCUUCAGGCCUCAAGGGCACGUCCGAGUUGAGAGUCCUCGAUGACGAAAUCCGGGACCACACAGAUUGGCUAUUUGGCUCGCUCAAGUGCCAUUCCCGCUGGGUCAAUGUUGAUGAGAUUAUUGAAAACGAAUGGCUGAAGCAAGAUUGGGAGGAAGGCGAAAGACUUGUCCGAACUCAUGUCAAAAACCACAAAAAUGGCUGGGAGGCUAUUCAGAUAUGUGGCUUCCAGGUCAUAAAUUCGGAGAGACGAUAUUGUUCUCGUACCUUCAUUACCAAAGGCGACCAGAGUGCGACUUGUCGGCUAGUUUACAAUCAUGUCGAGAUAUAA